CUUCGGGAACCCCCGAGGCGGAAGUGUGAUUUAAAGGGCCGGGAUCAGCGACUGCUCGUCAGUGAUCUCUGCGCCGACAUGAAGGUGACCUCCAUAGAAAGCCGGCGGCUGCACCGGCUCCUCAGGAAGGAGUUUUCCCGGUGCCUGGUGCUGGACUGCCGCCCUUACCUGCCCUUCAGCGCCUCCAGCGUGCGCGGCUCCAUCAAUGUCAACCUGAACUCUGUGCUGCUGCGCCGGGCGCGGGGGGGAGCGGCGCCCCUGCACUUCGUGGUGCCCGAGGAGGCGGCCCGGUGCCGGCUGAAGGAAGGACACGUAUCCGUGGUGGUGGUGCUGGACGAGCGGAGCCCGAGGUGGCAGAAGCUGAAGAAGGAGAGCCCGGCGCACAUCGUGAUCAACACCCUGACCAGCCUGCCCGGGGGGCCCCUGGUCUGCUUCCUGAAGGGAGGAUACGAGUCGUUUCACACUGAAUAUCCGGAAUGCUGCGUCGAUCAGAAGAGCUUAUCGCAAGAGGAAAAUGAAAGCGACAGAAAUCUCCUGUGUGAGAAGCGGCCGUCCUUCCAGAAGCCGUCCUACGACGAGGGCAGUCCUGUUGAGAUCCUUCCAUUCCUGUAUCUUGGCAGUGCUUACCAUGCUUCCAAAUGUGAAUUCCUGGCAAACCUCCGUAUCACUGCCUUACUCAACGUCUCCAGAAAGUGCUCUGAUUACAUCAAGGACCAGUACGAUUAUAAGUGGAUUCCAGUGGAAGACAACCACAAUACGGACAUCAGCAGCCAUUUCCAGGAGGCCAUAGACUUUAUAGAUACUGUAAGACUGUCAGGAGGGAAGGUCCUGGUCCACUGUGAGGCUGGAAUCUCCAGGUCGCCUACCAUAUGCAUGGCCUACCUCAUGAAGACCAAGAGAUUCCGCCUGGAGGAGGCUUUCGAGUACAUCAAGCAACGCCGCAGCCUUAUCUCUCCCAACUUCAGCUUCAUGGGUCAACUUCUUCACUACGAGACGGAGAUCUUCUCUUCCAAAACAAGCGCUCCUCCGGUCUCCAUGUCUUGUAAAAGGGACAGUGUGUCAUUCUUCACAGAAGACCUGGACCUUGGGCAGCAUUUUGAAGGGUCUUGUUUUUCCUUUCCAACUGCUGUCUUGACUCCUGUCCCACUCAGGUCUCCUGUGCACCAGAUAAAACUCGCUCCCAUCACUGCUACUUCAUCCUGCUGAUACGGGAUCUGCUACAAUGUGGACAAACCAUGAACGUUUUUUUAAUGUGCAAUAUAUCCGUCAGACUUGUAUCACAUUGUCCCGUGGAAACCGAUGCGUCCGUUCAGCUUACAUCCAAUGCUUUAAAGACUUUCACAUUCUGACUACUGUUUACAUCUUCAGGAAGGUCCCAUAUUGAUAUAGGAUGUCCUCCCAAAGUGUUUAGGUAAAGGUUACAUGUGAUUUCUUGACUCUCCCACCACUAGAGUAAAGGUAUUGAAUACCUUCCCCUCUCUAUUGCUAUAUACCCCCAACCCUUCCUAAAUUCUGCUUUAGUAGUGAAUGACUUUCCAGCAAGGCAAGAGGUUUGUAGGCAGCUGCGUCCCCGCAGAACAGCCUGGCAUAUACCAGUGCCAGCAGCGUAAAGAUGUGGGGUGUUCACACAUAGGCGUUGUUAUGUGGAUCGUGGGUGGAAGCUUGUGCUCCUCCCGGCCUUGCCUUCUCCUCAGGCCAUUGGGGGGGUGGUAGUACUUUAGGUCCUUAAUGCAACAAAUUAAAGGCAUCUUGCACAGGGUGAGAGCAGAAUGAGCCGACUGCAUGCACGACAGUCACACCAUGGAGCCUGGCCUAGAAUACCCUAGACUGGAAACAUUAUAGGUAAUGCAGUCCUAUAUUUCACACCUGUCCACAUUUACUGAUGCACAGAAGAGUAGCGCAAAUACACUGGAAAAUGUACUAAAAGCCGUGUUAUCGGGGAAGGCGUCUGCAACACGAUGGAAGCAGCAUGCUCCGAAUGUCUGGAUCGUUCAUGGCUUGCUGGGCUUUGUAGUUUCAAAACCAGUUGCAAGCUCCACCCUUGAUGCGUGAACCUCCACUACUGGUCCCACUGCCUGCAAUCCUCCUCACGUUCCUAAUGGGAAUCUCCAGGAAAGCGACAUGUUUUCUGCGUCCCUACACUGUCCUGUCGAGCUGCUGCUGCGGCCUCUGCACCGACUAUUGGAAUAAAGCACUAUAUGUAUUACUAUUAUAUUUUGUUGCAAUAACCAAGCAAUAUAUACGUCCUGAGGAGUUCCUUGUCCUGAAGGGGCUGAGCCUUAGUUUGGCAGGAAGGACUUGUAUGGUCUGUGCCAGUGCUGAGGGGGUUAACACUGGAUUGUUUAUUUAACCCCUAGACUGCUGGAGAGGCUGGUAUGCUACUGUAUGAUGAAGCUGUUGCUCAUUUUCAUGAAUAUUACAGGGUACAAUGCAAUAAUUCUCCUGUAUGUUCUAUAAUGGGGGUGUGAGCCUUCAUUGUGCCAAUAAAUGUGUUUGUUUGUUUUUAUUU